AGCCAUUGCAGUUCUAAAAGUUCUUUUUCAAGCUCACUAGCCAUCAUUGAAUAUCAGUCAAUGCCAUGCCGCUGAUGCAACAGUCUUUUCUGAUUGAUGAACCUGGAGGGUCGAGUUGGCGGAAAUACAAUGCAGGCAGCCUAAACUCCCUGGUCUCGCAUUGCCAGACAGGUCUGGACCAGUUCACCCAGCAACACACCGGUGGCUCACUCAGAGCAUCCAGGUUGGGUGGCUUCGCUGGUGGCUUCCCUGGUGGCUUCCUUACUAUCCCAAGCCAACGUGUUCGGCAUGCAUCAUUUUUCGAGGAUGGAUUUCAAGCUUCAUCGAACCAACGAGUUCGGAAUGAUGAGAAGUUGGAAAAAUCUUAUGGGGACACAGCGGAUGAUGCUGAGCAGUCCAACAUCCCAGACCCAGUGCCAGAUGAAAGGGACACCUCUCAUCAAACAGGUGAAGAGAAGCUCUUGCAGAAGAUUCACGAGGAUGAAGAAAAGGUUGUUCAAAUGGUCAUUGCUCAGAAAGCAGCUGCCAAGCAUGAAGCUCAAGCUGAAGCUCAUCGAGCAGCUCAAGCCGCUCAAGCCAGACACCAAUCCCAGGAUGUUUCACGGUCCACACGACAAGUGCACCUUCCCAUGGACGAGCUUCGCUGCCGCAAGCGGACCAAUCCAUUGUCCUGUCAGGAUUUGCAGGCGCAGUGCGCGUGGAGUGGUGAUGAAAUCACUGGCAGUUGUCAUCACAGUGAUCCCGAAGAAUGGCCAAGAGGUUGGGACUUCCUCUUUGGCAUGGGUGAAGUCGUGUUGCUCGAAACUGCUGUCGUGACAACUGCCAUUGUCACACGCUUGCGUGGAAGAGACUUGCUCCGGCAAUUUGUCGAGCGACCUUCGUAUUCCCUCCGAGCCUCAAUGUGGUUUUAUCCCACAGCUGCAAUGUAUUUCUUGACUGGUUGGUACUAUUACACCCGGACUCAAGGUUGGGACUCCUUUAGCACAAUCUACUUCCUAAUUCAGGUGGUGUCAACAGUUGGUGCAAGUGACAUGAGCCCAGUGCAUCCAAUGCCUAAGCUCUUCACUAUCUUCCAUGUUCUCCUCGGCCUCGUUCUCAUUGGUGGUGCUGUUGGUGACGAACUGGACAGAAUACUGGAAACAAGAAUUGCACGAAUGUCAGAUGCCGUUGCAAGGGGUGCAGACUUCCAAGACUUGGUGCCCAUUUUAUGGCGUGUUGCAGCAGAGACACGGGAAGCUGCAGGAAGUCGUGAUACAUUCGAGAAGCUCCUGACCAAGCUCGAAGAAGAGUUGCCAUUGACCUCGCCAGAGCUACCUUUGAUGGCAGAGCGGCUCCGAUGGUUGCGAGACUUUCAAGGAGGUGAGGUGAUUUUGGCAGAAUUGACCGGCACCGGGGCUUUAAUUCCAUGGCCACGAGCUGGGCAGUUGUGGGUGGGAGCUGGAAGACGAUACAAGGCAUUAAGGCCUUUGCUGCAAUACGUGCUAGACAAUCCAACGUCUGGCAUGCCAAUCUAUGACACGGACAGUGUUAUAGAUUUGCUGGAAGAUGAUUCUGUAUUGGAUCGCUACUAUUCUGAGUUGAUCUUGAGAAGUGCACUGGACAUCGGUGCUGUCAUUGUUUCUGGCACACUCUUCUUUGGCGUUGCAGAUAACUGGCUGCGUGGAAGGGAUGCCUUUUCCAUGUUUGAUGGCUUGUAUUUUUCUGUCGCUGGAGCAUCAUCGGUGGGUAUGUUAGGAAACGUGGCAGCAAUCACUUCAGUCGAGAAGGUGGCCUCCAUGGGCCUGUUUUGCUAUGGAUGCUACAGUUUCAAUCGAUUUAUGAUGUUUGCCUCAGAGGUAUUUGCAUACAAGAUUGAGAACUCUCAGAACAUCGUGGCCGUUCUGCCACCAGGCUUUGGGCACAAACUCCAGCGACUCCGGAAGGGAAACUCAGCGAGAGAUGUCUCUCGCAUUGCUUCUGUGUCGACUGCUGAACAGGAGGAGUUUCCACCUUCCAGUCCAGCUGCUCAAAGGACAUCAAGAUCGUCAAGGCCUUCGAGGCAAAACGUCACAACUCUCCCAGCCCCAACUGCUGAGGUCGAGGAAGAAGGCCAAGAAGAAGGAUCCCUGUGAAGGAGCUGAAGCCACAAUUGCCAGAGUGGAUGGGAUGAUCUCUUCAAAGAAAGAAGGACCAUUUACUGGACUUAAGAGGAUGCUGCAGCCUACAGCUGAUGCAUGCUGAUGCCUAUGAUUCACAAGCACAAAGAGUACAA